CCAAACCCCAGUGGCUUUCUCUUAAUAGCAAUCACUUAUAAUCCUAAAAUCGACGGAAACCAAUCCAAGACCCGAAAAUGGGAAGCUUCAGAUUCUCCUUCAGUUUCGUCGCGAUUUGCGCGAUCCUGGCCUUCCACGUGGUGGUUUCAGCUUCGUCUCCCACGUUCGAUUUCGGUGGCAACCAUUUCCUCCCGAUUAAAUCGGAGUGCCGCGGAUCCAUCGCCGAGUGCCUGAUGCUGGGCGAGGAGCAAUCUUCGGACUUCGAUGCCGAGUUCGCCAUGGGCUCCGAGAUCAGCAGGCGCAUUUUAGCGACGACUCGGUACAUUAGCUAUGGUGCGCUUAGCAGAAACACGGUGCCAUGCUCGCGACGUGGUGCGUCGUAUUAUAACUGCCAACCGGGAGCUCAGGCAAAUCCCUAUUCACGCGGGUGCAGUAGAAUUACGCGUUGUCGGAGUUAGAUUUAUUUAUUUUCAUGUCCUUUCUUAAUUAAUAUUUGUUGCCUCCCUAAUUUUAAAAAUGUAAUUUUUCUUUUUUUAUUUCUUACAUUUGAUCUUUAAUAAUGAGUAUUGCUGAUGGGAUGGAUUGUUGCUUUUAAUAUUUUUCCAAAUUUUUAUUAAAUGCGUAUAUAAAAGUGAGUGGUGAAUAAAGAUGAAGGUUAUUGGAUCAAUUA